UCGAAUAUAAAUGUAUUAUUUUGCGCUGAUAAAAAGAAGUUAAAAUAAAAGAAACAAAAAGCAUUGUUUUUUUGAGAUUUUUAUGAUAUUUGUUGUUGUAAUUUAGUUGAAUUUCGAUCAGCAAUGAAAUUCUCGUUGAGAUAUUUUUUUAUUUCAACAAUUUUAUUGUUAAUAUUUAUUAACAAAUUUGUUAGGAAAUGUCAUGGGGAACCAAAAGUGAUGAUUGGAAGUACAAGAAUAGAGGGCAUCCACAUGGUGACUAGAAAUAAUCGAAAUAUUUCUGGAUUCAUGGGAAUACCAUAUGCGGAACCUCCGAUUGGAUUAUUGAGAUUUAGUAAUCCGAUUUUAAAGGACUUAUCAGGAAGCUAUUUAUCAGCAAAUAAGGAAGGAAGUGCUUGUACUCAAAUGACAAGACAUGGUGAAAAGAAAGUAAUUGGAAAUGAAGAUUGUCUAUUUUUGAAUGUCUACACACCAUUGAAAUCAUUUUCCGGUGGAGAAUCAUUAUUACCUGUUAUGAUGUUGAUUCAUGGAAGUGCAUUUCUCGUUGGCAGUGGUAGUAAUGAGAGUUUAGGUCCCAAUUAUCUUUUGGACAAGAACAUUGUCUAUGUGAGUAUAAAUUAUCGUCUGGAUAUUUUUGGUUUUUUGAGCACUGGAGACAAUGUGGCCUUGGGUAAUUUUGGUAUAAAAGAUCAACUAGUUGCCCUUCAAUGGAUACAAAAAUACAUUCGACACUUCGGUGGCGAUCCAAAUCAAGUGACACUCAUUGGUUACAGUACAGGAGCUGAUUCUGUUAAUCAUCAUAUUUUCUCAAAUCUCACCAAGGAUUAUUUUCAUCGAUACAUUAUGCAAAGUGGAUGUUCAUUUACUGCCCGCUCGUACAAUACAGCUGAGAAAAGUGCAAAAAUUGCUAAAAAUGCUGCUGAAUAUUUCAACUGUUCAACUGAGAAUUCAAACUUACUAGUCGAUUGCUUAAGAGCUAUUGAUAAUAAAAUAUUAGUUAAUAACAGUGAUAUUUUUCCCAAAAUAAGAAAUAUUUUCCAUUCCACAUGGUCACCGACAAUUGAACCAAAAGUUCCAGGCGCUUACAUUACGGAAAAUCCUUUUCACAUUCUAAUGGGAAAAAAAUAUCGUCAUCUUCCGGGAAUAAGUGGCAUUGUCCCCGACGAAGGUUUAAAUUGGAUUGCCUAUUCUUAAACAAUUGUCCGAUUUUACAGGAGAUUUAUUUAAAAUCUAUCCCA